AUGGAGAGGGUAACAGAACAGACAGAAAAGCAGAUAUCUCAUUUAUUUCUGGACUGUUUGACAAAAACUGGUUUCCCCCAAGUGCAUGUUUUGAGGACUGAUACUCCUUUCAUCCCAGCAGCAGUAGCAAAACUGAGCCCAGACAUAGGAGAUGCCUCCAGCUUCGGCCGCACAGCCCCUUCCGGAGACUCCAUUGAACCUGAGGAUAUGCCUUUGGAAAGCACUGAAAUGACACAGGAUCAGCUGCUGAACUAUCAGUUGAUGUUUCCCAUAGGCCAGGACAAAUCCAUCCCCUGGAAUGCCAUCACUGCAUAUGAAAACAUGAAAGCAAAAAGAAUAUCUGAACUCAAGAAAUGGAAAGAGCAGGGACCUUGUCAGAAGGAGCUCUACAGAGCCCUGUAUAAACUGGCAAAGGCACAGCAGAGAAGCGGAGGGGAGAUUUACAAAUUCUACUUGCCCAACUGCAACAAGAAUGGAUUUUACCACAGCAAACAGUGCGAAACUUCACUGGAUGGAGAGUCUGCUGGAUGCUGGUGUGUCAAUCCAAAAAACGGAAGAAGAAUUCCUGGAUCUCCAGAAAUGAAAGGAGACCCCGAAUGCCAACAGUAUCUCAACUCACAAGAAUAA